AAUGAUUUAUUAUCAACAGAGGAACAAUGGAAGUUGCAACAUCGGAAGAUGCAUGUGAAACACCAUGGCUGUGAAUCAAUGCACAUGGAGAUGGUUCUUGUUCUCAUUGCAACCUUGGUUGUUGCCCAGAUUAUGCUUGUUCAGUGGAAGCAAAGACACUGUUGAUCAUACAAUCUGCUCACACUGCUGCAGAUGUGGGUUGUUCCUCUUUAUUUCACCAUCAGACUUUACUGGUGGAGACCCCUGUCCCUGUGGGGAAUUCUCUCAGUUAUUGCCAGUUACAUCGCUGUCAGAGCAACCUGCAAGCCUCUCUCAGGAAGAACACCACAGUUGGUCUACAAAUGGUUCCUCCUGAUCUAUAAACUGAGUUAUGCAGUUGGAAUUGUGGGUUAUCUAGCCAUAAUGUUUACCAUGUUUGGAUUUAAUUUAUUCUUUAGAAUUGAGUCUGACGACUGCAUGGGUUUUGCUAUGACACUGCUUUUUUACGGACUGUACUAUGGUGUGAUGGGAAGAGACUUUGCAGAGGUUUGUUCUGACCACAUGGCUUCCACCAUUGGUGGUGAAUUUUACAACGUCAGUGGCAUACCAACAAGAAAUUUGUCCAAUGACAUCUGUGCAGUCUGCAGGCAGAAAAUUUUUGUGGAUAUAAAUGAAGAAGGGAUCACUGAAAAUACCUACCAGCUGUCCUGUAAUCAUGUGUUUCAUGAAUCCUGCAUCCGUGGUUGGUGCAUUGCUGGCAAGAACCAGACUUGCCCAUACUGCCCUGAGAAAGUUGAUUUGAAGAGGAUGUUAAGUAACCCAUACCCUCUCCCUAACAAGUGUGGGAACACACACGUAUUGUAUGGACAACUUUUGGACUGGCUCUGCUCUCUGGUGGUUUGGCAACCUGUUGUUACAGGCAUCGUCCAAGGCAUUAAUUACUCACUGUGCCUAGAAUAG